UUUUAGGAUUUCAAAAUUGAUUUGAACCAACCAAUGAUUCUUGGAUCCCAUGAAUAAGCCUUCACGUGGCUUUUGAUUUCACAUUCCACGAAAAUCCAAUUUUAACUGAAUUUGAGAUAAUUUUGGUUUAGUGAUGGCGAUUAGGUUGAAUCAUAGUGUAAUUCCAGUGAGCGUGAAGCUUGGAGCUCCGACGAGAGUAUCGGCUCGGAGCUCGUUACCGUUCAGCGUUGGAGAUUGGCGUGGUGUUUCUACAUUUUCCGGUGCUAGGCCUUUGGUUCUCGCGAAGGUGAAACUGAGAGCAGAGAGUACUGAGGAAGAUCGAGUUCCAAUUGAUGACGACGACGAUUCUACUGAUCAGCUCGUUGAUGAAGAAAUUGUGCAUUUCGAAGAGCGUGAUUUUGCUGGCACAGCGUGUGUUCCUGUAUAUGUUAUGCUACCACUGGGAGUGAUUGAUAUGAACUCGGAAGUGGUGGAACCGGAGGAGCUUUUGGAUCAGUUAAGAACUUUAAAGUCGGUUAAUGUUGAUGGUGUUAUGGUUGACUGCUGGUGGGGAAUUGUUGAGUCACAUACACCACAGGUUUAUAACUGGAGUGGUUACAAGAAACUUUUUCAGAUGAUUCGUGAGCUUGGACUUAAGAUUCAGGUUGUUAUGUCGUUUCACGAAUGUGGAGGCAAUGUUGGAGAUGAUGUGCAUAUACAAAUCCCUGAGUGGGUGAGAGAAAUUGGUCAAAGCAAUCCUGACAUCUACUUCACUGACAGUGCUGGCAGGCGUAACACUGAAUGCCUUACUUGGGGAAUUGACAAGCAACGUGUUUUAAGAGGACGGACUGCUCUUGAGGUUUACUUUGAUUACAUGAGAAGCUUUCGUGUGGAAUUUGAUGAAUUCUUUGAGGAGAAAAUCAUCCCUGAAAUUGAAGUUGGACUAGGUCCAUGUGGGGAGCUGAGGUAUCCUUCAUACCCUGCACAAUUUGGGUGGAAAUACCCUGGUAUUGGUGAAUUCCAGUGUUAUGAUAAAUAUUUGAUGAAUAGCUUAAAGGAGGCUGCAGAAGUAAGAGGCCACAGCUUUUGGGGCAGAGGACCUGAUAACACAGAGACUUAUAAUUCAACACCACAUGGGACUGGAUUUUUUCGCGAUGGAGGCGAUUAUGACAGCUACUAUGGUAGAUUCUUUCUUAAUUGGUACUCAAGAGUUCUGAUUGACCAUGGUGAUCGUGUUCUUGCUAUGGCAAAUUUGGCUUUCGAAGGAACUUGCAUUGCUGCAAAGCUCUCAGGUAUACACUGGUGGUAUAAAACAGCUAGUCAUGCUGCUGAACUCACUGCUGGCUUCUACAACUCCUCAAACCGUGAUGGCUAUGGUCCAAUAGCUGCAAUGUUUAAGAAACAUGAUGCUGCUCUCAACUUCACAUGUGUGGAGUUACGGACACUUGAUCAACAUGAGGAUUUCCCAGAGGCUCUGGCAGAUCCAGAAGGUCUAGUUUGGCAGGUGCUGAAUGCUGCUUGGGAUGCUAGUAUACCUGUUGCUAGUGAAAAUGCUCUUCCUUGUUAUGACAGAGAAGGUUACAACAAGAUACUUGAAAACGCAAAGCCCCUUACCGAUCCUGAUGGUCGCCACCUUUCAUGUUUCACUUACCUGAGGCUUAACCCAACUCUGAUGGAGUCUCAAAACUUCAAAGAGUUUGAGAGAUUCCUCAAACGAAUGCAUGGUGAAGCCGUUCCGGAUCUUGGUUUGGCUCCAGGGACACAAGAGACCAACCCCGAGUGAAUAUAUAUAGUCCUCCACCAUGCUACUAAAAACACUUAUUAGCGCCUGGUUACAUAUAAUAAGAACGUCUUGGCUUGGGUUUACCAAUUCAGCAUAGCUAAGUUGGAGGGAAUCAAAACCAAGAUUGUAAACUGAGCUUGUAAGUUGUAAGAUGAAUAGUGUAUAGAACAAUAUAAGUGGUAUGUCCAUUGAUAUUUCAGAAGAAAUUGCUAGCAACAUUACAGGCUGUGUUACACACAAAAAGAGCUAUAACAACAAAGAAAUUCUUA